AUGGCGCGAAACAAGGCGGAGCGCAGCCUGUCGCCGCCUCUGCCUCCUUCGACGCCGCCUGCGGAAACAGAAACGGUGCUCACGGCUGCGGCGGAGCGGCGGCAGCUUGUGAUACUCAAGCGGUCUAAGUCCUGGCAUAGGUGCCGCGAGGUGGCCGGGGGUGCUGCCGCGAACUGCGCCGCCCUGUGCUGCUGCUGUCCCGCCGUGCUGUUCGACGUCCUCCUCGCGGCGACGGUGCGGGUCCCUGCGGCGCUCUGCCGCCAGGCGCUGAAGGCGCGGGCCAAGCGGAAGGAACAGGCCAAGAGGAGGAAGGAGACGAGCACGGACGGCGGGGGUCCCGAAAAUGCGGAGGUGGAUGCCGAGGUGCCCUUGGCGGCGACGGAGGAGAUGGCGGAGUCGAUCCCGUCGGAGAAGAUUACGGAGGUGGAAAAGGAUAUGUUGGCCCUGUUUUGCAACGCCGGAUUCUGGCGGAGCUCGUCACAGACAGAGGACAACCGCCGGUGA